AUGCUUCCUGCGAUGGAUCACCUUUCUGGACCUCCAGCCACUUGUCCUCCCAAUGCCCAGGUCCGGGCAACAGGAGUGCAUGCAGAAAAGCUCCUACAGCUCUUGGCGCCUGGCAGGCUCAUUGCUUUGAUCCCUACUUCCCCUGUGAGAGGUUGCGACACUCGCAGAGGAGCCCAGGGCGAUCUCGCGUGCUGGCCGGACACGGCGCCAAUGGGCCUGCGGACACUCAGUUACAACUUCUGCUGCGGAUUGAUGCCGUUUGCUAGCAAUGAGCGUGUCGCUUGGUAG